AUGGAGAAGUUUUUAAUCACUGUUGUGUUGAUCAUGCUCAUUCAGCAAGUUAUGAUGGAAAGAGAAGCACCAAAAGGCCUCAAGGUGGUCAAAACAAGCCAAACAUCAAUCACUGUCAAUUGGAACCCCAUUUAUGAUGGACUUCUGUCAGGAUACAGGAUAAAAUAUGCAAAAUCUGGCAGUGAUGAUUAUGCAGACAUGCGGGUGAAUUUUGAUCAAACUGAAGCUGAAAUAACCAAACUUGAGGCAAGCACUGGGUAUAAAAUUCAAGUUGCUGGAAUAUACUGGGAAGGAGACAAAUUAGGACCUUACACAGAUGAAAUAGAAGGAAGUACAGCAUCAAAAACAUGCUUAUUUCACUGUAUCUAUUUUUUUCAAUCAGACAUUCCAUGCCAAAGCCCAGAUGUGAGCCUGUCAAAUAUCUCACCAAAUGCUUCCUCAGACUUAAGCUUUCACAGCUCCAGACAGUUUGUAAUCCAAUCUGAAGUCAAAAUGAAUUGCGAGUUAUCGCACAAAACAUUGUUUCUCUGGCGGGUGUAUCACCUGGGUAAAGAAGACACACCAUUACUUUCAAGAAAUAGCUCCUCAGAAUUGCAGAUCACACCACACUUAUUGCCAGUUGGUGAAUUUUUGGUCCAACUCAACGUCAGCAUGAUAGGAACAGCGGUGUUUGGAGUCAGUAGGGGUUAUUUCAAGGUGGUGAGUAGUCCUUUGGCUGCUUUUAUUGCUGGAGGAAGUAAGGUGGCCAGAGGACUGGAAAGAACAUUGAUUUUUGAUGCAUCCCCAUCGUAUGAUCCAGAUGAGAAGAAGCUAAAGUUUUCAGGGCUUAAUUUUACAUGGCUGUGCAAAGAAGAGUCACAAAAAGAACCUUAUAAAUUAGAUGAAGCACGAUGUUAUUACAGAGCUGAUGAUAAAGAAUCUGUUGGACAUGAACUUAGAGUAAACAACAGUCUCAUGGCAGAAAACACCUCAUACUUCAUAACAGUACAGGUUACAAAGGAUGAAAGGCAAGCUGAGUUCACUCAGGAAGUGUUUAUCGUUCCCGGCGAUCCACCGGAAGUGCAAAUCAGGUGUGUUGAAAACUGCGAUGCUAAACUGAACCCAUCCGGGAGAAUGGCUUUACAAGGCAUGUGUACAGGUGACUCAUGCCAUGGUAACCUUAUCUUCAAGUGGAUAGUUUUAAAAGACUUGAAUAACUCUUCAAAAAGUUCUCAGUGGACUGAAGUUUUAGAAAUACAGGAAUUGAUAAGUACGCGAGUUUCAUCAAAAUCCCUCGUCACUAGGCGUGAAGUGUUGACACCCGAUAUCAGUUAUAAGUUUAUACUGACUGCACAAGGACCAGGUGGAAACCGCGGGUAUUCCGAGUACCACGUGACCUCUAACAGCCCCCCUGUUGGAGGAGUGUGCAGUGUGAGCCCAAUAUCAGGAGUCGCUCUUAUAACAGAGUUUACUUUUGCUUGUGAUAGUUGGCAGGAUCCAGAUCUUCAGUUGCAGUAUGAAUAUAUUUAUCUCACAGAUAACAAUCUUCUUAACGUGGCAUACAAAGGAGUGAAAACUAGUUUAACAAUCAAACUUCCUGCCGGAGAGAAGAAAAGUAAUUUUACUAUCGAUUUUCGCGUACGAGUGGCUGACGUUUUAGGGGUGUACACUGAAGUGAAAACUCCCGUGCAGGUCACAGAACCCAGCAUUGAACCAGCAAACCUCCUCGAUGUUGUCAAAAACCUCACAACUGGAGAUGAGAGUGAACUCAAUAAUUUGAUCCAAUCCGGUGACUUGUCAAGUGCUGUACAAUUGACGGCGGCAGCCAUUUCGGUCAUACAUGGCAUUACGUAUGAAAAAUCGACAGAAAGUCAGGCCCACGAUUUGGCAGAGAGACGGAUCACGAUGAAAUCAAACAUUAUAGAACAAUUAUCAGCUAUCCCAGCGGAGACUGUUGUCAGAAUUCAGCAGGUGGCAAAUGUGAUCGCCUGCGCUAGUUCGGCCAUUGACGAGGUUACUGUCCAAGCGCAGAAAGAUGCAACGAAAGCGCUUGAAAAGAUGACUUUAGUAUUAAAGGCGAGGAGUAAAGCUGGGGAAAGAUACGAAUCGCUUUAUGAUGGCGCAAAAAGUCUUGUAAAUGGUCUAGGUAGCAUGCUUAGGGUAGCAGCACAUGGAGCUAGAAUAUACGAUUCGCAGUCACAGGGAAAGUUUCAAAUCAAAGCCAGUUUCGUAGAUGCAUAUGAACAGCUCUCACACAAGAGCCGUGGGAAAAGAUUCAGGUCAAGAACUUCUUCUUUGCUGCAUACUUUGGAAAGAAGGACCGAAAGAGACGCGCAGCUACAGGCUCGAAUCCAUGUUGAAAGUAUACUCCAUUCUUUGAAGGAUGUCGGAAGUGCGAUUUUGUCCCGAACUCUCAUUGGCGAGGAGCCGAAAGAGCUUCCAGCGCAGGCCAUGUCUCUGUUAGUGUUCCGAGAAGAGCCCAAUUUGCUCACUGGGACUAUUCUGUCAAACAAAGGAAACAGUUUUCAGCUUUCUUCAUUACCCAUCAAGUUAGAAAAUAAUACCUACUUUGUAGAUAGCCAGAUAGUAACUGCAGACUUCACACCGUUCUCUUGGGACCCGACGGGAGUAAGGGUAACGACUGCUGUUUCAAGCCUUGAACUUAGGAAUAGUUCUGGGCAUCUCUUGAAUACGACGGAACUGAACGCGCGUAUUACUAUUAAACUGCAGAACCUCCAGGUCUUCAUUAACACAUCUCAGUCUCAUUACAUUGGAGCGAACAGAACUGUAUUUUACAAGAUAAAUGUCACCCGAUUAGGGAUGGCUUUGAUGCUAAAGAUUCGUCCGGAAAGCAACAAAACAGAGUUUCUGGUGACUGUAAAGUAUGGAGAGCGGCCGUCUCCAAGUGAUAACGACUUAAAUUUAACAAUACCUGACCUUUCAUCUUGCGAUGGGAUGCCAGAUGGGCACCUCAAUUGCUCACGCGAUCCGUAUAUGGUGUUUAUGAACCAGGAAUUUGUCGAAAAGAAAGGUCUCGGAUACUAUUUUGUCGGACUGACAGCCGUGUCACGAGUUUCUGCGAAGUCGCGCAUAAGACGCUGCUCAAAGCGGUCCUGUGUGCAGUACAAGGAACCGCCCACCAAUGGUGCAAGUUACAGUGUACCUCACUACCGUGAAGGUGAUGAAAAUUACACCAUUCAGGUGAUGCCGGCUGCCUGCCUGUUCUGGAACGCGGAAAUAUCCCGGUGGACAUCAGAGGGAUGCAGGGUAACCGAGAAGACAAAUCAAGAUUCUAUUCAUUGCUCUUGUGAUCACUUAAGUGCUUUUGGAGGUCAGUUACUUGUGGCGCCCACUCCCAUCGAUUUUGAUAAAGUUUUCACCGAAUUAGCUGGUGUACCAGAUAGUGGAUACAUAGCAGUUAUGAUAAUUAUUAGCUGUGUGUUUGGGCUUUAUCUGGUGCUGUUGAUGUGGGCUCGAAAGAAUGACAAAGAAGAUCUUAUGAAGGUGGGCGAGAGUGCACUCAUAGGAGUUCCUUCGCCUUUGUCUUACUUCGUCGAGAUUCAAGUAUCUACAGGCAUCUGGCGCAACUCGGGCACUACUGCUAACGUUUUUACUGUACUCGAGGGAGAGUUAGGUGCCAGUCGACCGUUCCAUUUAAAGCACGACUCUUGCAUCUCUUUCGCAAGAGGCAGUAUUAUUUCCUUUAUUCUUUCAAUUCCUGACGGCAUUGGCCCUAUAAGAACUGUCCGCGUGUGGCAUGACAACUCGGGCACCAAUCCAUCGUGGUUUUUGAACCACAUCAAGGUCUGCGAUCUAUCCGCAAAGAAGCAGUGGAACUUUAUGUGUUUUGCGUGGCUAGCUGUUGACAAAGGUGAAGGAUUGAUAGACCGCACCCUUCAUUCUACUUCCGCGACCGAUGAAGGAAUCGACUCUGCAGUAUAUGUUCAGAAUAAAAUUGCUGAAGAAUUCAGUGACUCACAUGUCUGGUUAUCUGUGGCAACAAGACCACCAAGGUAUCGGUUUACUCGCGUCCAACGUUUAUCUUGCUGUCUGGCACUAUUGCUAACCUCAAUGCUGGCGAGUGCUAUGUUUUACCAGCACGAAGCAAUGGUAGACGACACUCAAGGAUCUCUCAGGAUGGGUCGUUUUGAUGUAAACCUUAAAGGAUUCAUUAUUGGAGUUCAGAGCCUAAUAGUCAUUUUUCCCACCUAUGUUUUGACUGUAGAACUUUUUGCCCAUACUCGAUCGUCAGAUGAGAACAAACAAAUGACUCUCAAAACUAACGCAGAAAAAGAAUCUUUUUCUUUUCCACAGUGGUUUAUUUUCAUUCCUUGGCUCUUGUGUUUCCUCCUCUCGACUUGUGCGGCGGCUUUUGUUCUCUUCUACAGUCUACAGUGGGGUGCAGAUACAAGUGAGCAAUGGCUGGCGUCGGUUGCAAUAUCAAUUUUUGUGGACAUAUUUGUACUAGAACCUAUUCAAAUCAUCGUAGUUGCCUUCAUACUGCCUCAUAUUUUCAAAGAAGAAACUGACAGAUCUACGUGGAUGCCUCGCUCUGUCGACCCCGAGGUUGAUCUUAAAGAUAUUAAAGUUGGCGGGCUAGGAGAUGAUGAGGCCGAAGAGGAAGAAGUUGAAAUACCAAAACCUCUAAGCAAAAAACAGCUACGUCGUGCAAGGAAAAGUCGAAUAAGAGAGAUACUUACAUAUUCGGCUUUUCGGAAAAUAGGAUCCUACAUGCUUUACUUAUUGAUUCUUAUGAUUGUUUGCUACGGUGGGCGUAGCAAGCAUGGGUACCUGAUGACAUCAUCCAUGAAGAAUAUAUUUGGAGAGCUUGAAACGAUUUCAAAUCACUUCAAUACAUGGGAGUGGGUACGUGACGUUUUGGUACCAGGGCUUUUUGAGGAUGGAAAAUACUUCACACUGAAUAGUUCCAGUCCUUACAUUGGAGAUGGCGACGCUGUUCUCGUUGGGAUGCCUCGUCUUAGGCAGCUACGAGUCAAAGAAGGUCCUUGUGACGUCGGCAUAGAGGAACUGACCACCCAAUUCAAUUCAUGUGUGGUUUCAUAUACAUUCAGUAACGAGGACAAAGCCAGCUUCCAUGAAACGAGAUGGCGUCUAUUUUCCUCAUCCAAGAAUGAGUCACUCAUCAGUCCUCAUCGUGUCUGUCCAAGUGCUUGGCACUAUUCAUCUGCCCAAGAAACAUCAAGUCUUCCUUUAUGGGGAAAACUUCAUCUACUAAACUUUUAUGGCGAAGGAGGUUACCUGGCCGAGUUGGGCUAUGACAAAACUACAGCACUGAAAGUCAUCUCUGAACUCAACCUGUUUAACUGGACUGACAGGUUUACCAGUGCUAUAAUUUUUGAGUUCACGGUUUUUAACUCUCAAGUAAAUUUGUUCAGCGUGAUUUGGAUCCUUACUGAAUUUUCACCAAGUGGUCUCGUGGUCUCUAAUCACGUGAUUCAUACUAUGCACAUAUAUGACAUUGGCGGGGGCUAUAGUGCUGUAACCAUAACGUGCCAGUUGUUACUAGUGGCUUAUAUUAUAUACUUUGUUGUCACGGAAACGAGGAAAAUGAUUGCGGGAAUUAGAAUUUAUUUCUCUCAGUUUCUAAACUGGGUUGAACUUACGCAGACUUUUGCAGUCAUUGGCUUUCUCAUUUCUCACAUUAUGAAAGAAACACAGCUCUUUGCUACCACAGCGAAACUCAGAGAAAAUACUUUUCAGUUUAUCAAUUUUGAUAAAGGCAUUCUUCUGCAAGAUUUGGAAACGCUAUUAGUAUCAUUACUGAUGUUUUUGAACACUUUGAAGUUGCUUUAUUUGCUCAAGUUGAAUUCCCACGUGAGGCAUUUAUUUUAUGUAAUGAAAGUAUCUACUUGGGAACUCGUUCAGUGUUCGGUUGUAUUCGCUGUCUUCAUGUUUGGAUGUAUUCAUGUAGGAUACGUUCUGUUUGGGAGCGAACUUUACUCCUUUUCUUCGCCUUUCAUCAUUCUACAGUCUCUUCUCGUCGAAGGAGUCGUUGGUGGCGGUUUCAGCUACUUUUAUGAUUGCUGUACAGUCAUUGGCCCAGCUUACUUUACGGCGAUAAAAGUGGCAGUGAAUCUUAUAUGCAUCAACAUUUUCAUUUGUAUCCUUGUUUAUAAUUAUGGCCGCAUCAGGGAACUCUCCAGAGGGAAAUUUGAUCUUGGACAUUUCAUGUUUGUGAAAAUGAAAGAACUACUGGGUUGUGGGGGUGACCGUCAGGGAGCGAAUGAAGACAUUUCUGGGCAUGAUCUACCGAGCACAGAGAUCGAGAAGGAUAUUCUUCCUGAGGCAGCAGAGAUAUUGGCGAGGCUGGAUCGGAUUAAUCAUCUUUUAAAUGUUCAUUACGCGGACGAAUUUUGUGAAGACCUUGAACUGUUUUCUAUGUGGUUUGAUCUUCGCAUGCAAGCUAUGAAAUCCAAGGAUUUACAAGAAAAUUGGGUCGAUGCUCAAGAAAGUUUUGAGGCUGAUGUAGAAGAAGAUUGGGUGGAUGCACAUCAAGAAUGA